AUGGCGAACUACGAUAAUUCGGCAUCGGGCACCGUAAGCAAAAAUUUGAACCGGGUUUGCUUUGUGCUAGCUCGAACAGAAACUUUCAGCCCAUUUGUCAAAGAAGACAGGAUGUUCUACUGGUACGACUAUCUUUUGGUAUUCUUUGUGCUAGUUACAAGUGUGUUAAUCGGUAUUUAUUUCGGUUGUUUUGGUACUAAACAGUCAACCGUUAAAGAAUACCUUUCCGGAGGAAAACAAAUGAAAAUUUUUCCAAUAGCUAUAUCGGUAAUAGUCAGUCACUUUUCUGGUAUUACUCUAAUAGCAGUUCCGGCAGAUGUUUACAAAUAUGGAGCAUUUUAUGUGUUAAUAUGCUUGUCUACUGUUCUUUUGGUUAUUGCUUCAAUGUAUGUUUAUUAUCCUGUAUUGUUUAAAGGCGAAUACGAUAGUAUUUAUGAAUACUUGGAAGUAAGGUUUAAUCGUAAAAUUAGAUUGUUUAGUUCUUUUUUGUACGUUUUGUACGAAAAUCUUUUACUUCCUAUAAUCGUUUAUACCCCAGCACUAGCGCUGUCUGUUGGAUUUAGUGUACAGCUGAUAGUCUUGUUAAUAUGUGGUACAUGCGUGUUUUAUACAGCUAUUGGAGGUUUACGAACAGUGAAUUGGACAGACAUUUUUCAAUUUGUCAUAGUUAUGAUAGCUUUCUUAACAGUUUGUGGCGAAGGAAUUAAAUCAGCAGGAGGUAUUUCGUCAGUUUGGAAUAAAGCAUUUCGACCCAGAUCCAACAAAAAAAGACUCAUUCUGGAUAUGUACGUUCGGUUUUACGGCUCGAUUUUUGUUUUACGUUUGUUUAUCUCAAACGAGCGUCCAAAAAUACAUGAGUCUUGCAACACUCCGUCGCUGUAG